GCAAACAGAGUCUCUGCUCUUUUCCUCGACCGCGGGGGCCCCACGCAGGCGGAUGCGUGUGUCUUGCUUCCAUCUGCAAGGUUUCCUGUGGUCCACAGGUUGCUUCCCUCGUCAUCGGUUUAGAGCACACCUGUGCAAUACCACAAGAGCAGAGAAGCCACGGAUAUGUGCAUGAUUUCUCCACUGUGUCUGGAGAAAGUUCAGCAUGAGCAGUUGACGUAACACAAGUAGGACCCCUGGAAGCAGCUUAUGUGGUUUUGGUUGAUGUUUAGGCUGUGUUGAAGUAGAGCAUCCAUCGAGAGGUUUCACGGGCUCUGCUUCCUAUUUCAUCCAGGAAUGGUAAAGAUAUGAAAAACAUCAAUAUUGGAGUUAUGCUUCGUAAUGGUGCUGGAACGAGCAGAGGACGGGAUGACAGCAGUGCCCAGCAACAGCUUCAGCAUGCGGAGGAAGAGUCCUCUGAGCUUUCCAGAUCACACCUAACGUCAUCAGUCAACAGUUCACCUUUGACCUCACCCCAGUGCCUCAUCACUAAGAAUACCAGUGAUAAAACCAACAAGCAGCAUUUGCAGUUCAGUGUGUCGAGGCCUUCAGUUUUACGCAAGGGCAACCAGGUUCUACCACAGGCUUUGUCCAACCAGUCUGGUCUGGGAAACUGGCCUACCGAGAUCGUGUGUAAGGCUGAAUUUGAAAAUAACCUCUCAGUGAACUCAUCGUCUUACAACACAAACACUGCCUGCAGAGACAGUGCAUCUGGACCAAGUCCCAGACAGAGCACACCAGAGUGCCAUACAGAACUGCCACAGGUAGUCUUAGAGAGCUUGCUGUCUGCCAAAGGGAUAUGUCGCUGGCCAGACUGUGAAGAAGUAUUCAAAGAAUACACACACUUCUUGAAACAUCUAAAUUCUGAACACCGCCCUGGGGACAAAACUUUUGAACAAUGGAGACGGCAGAGAGAUAUUGUAAAACAAAUUGAGAAUCAGUUGAUUGUGGAGAGACAAAGACUACAGGCCAUGUACAUGCAUCUGUUUGACAUAAAAUCUUGCACUGAGAACAACCCCAGUUUGAAGCAGUCCAGCAGUCCUUCAGGAAGCCUACAGGCCUGUGAGAGUGUGACCGGUCUUCAGGGUGGUAACAGAGUCCCUGCUGAAAUGUUACCUCCAGGAUACUGGCAGAUCCCUACCUCACAGUUCAUACCAGGAAUUAUCCCCAGCAUUGAGUGCUACAAAUACACGAACAUAAGACCACCAUUCACCUAUGCCUCCAUGAUAAGAUGGGCCAUUCUGGAGUCUCCAGAGAAACAACUAACUCUGAAUGAAAUCUAUCACUGGUUCACACGCAUGUUCUGCUACUUCCGUCACAACACGGCCACGUGGAAGAAUGCUGUUCGACACAACCUCAGUCUUCAUAAGUGCUUUGUCCGUGUCGAUGGAAGAAAGGGCUCUGUUUGGACAGUGGAUGAGGCAGAAUUUCUAAGGAGAAAAGGGCAGAAGUUACACAGGGACCAAGAUAUGAGUUGGGUGGCACACUAUUCCAUGUUUUAUUCUUGAAAUUGUAUUCUUCAGUGCUUAGUCACCUUCUGAGUAACCACCACCAAAACCUCAACAUGUCUCUUUCAUUAAAUAUAUUAGAGCUUUCUGAUUUUUAAUCAGCUUCCCUUCCCUUUGACCUGCUAGGCCACUGAAGUGUAAGCUAAGCUAAGAGCUUUUAGCUACACAAGCAUGUUCUACAUGCAUAAAAUACUAAGGUUGAAAAUGUUUCUGUUAA